AUGGCACCGACAGCAGGAACUCGUCUUCGUUUUAAGACGGUACGAGGCAAGAAAGUAUCACAAACGACAAAGAAAGUCCCAUCACUAAAGAAUCGCAUUCGAGGGCUUGAACGCUUUCUCAGUCGUGGAGGACUAUCUGACGCUGCAAGAAGAGCCAAGAAGGCGGAGCUAAAGCAGCUCCAAGACGAGCAUGAGAAAAAGGAUCAAGUUGCAAUGGAAAAGAAAAAUGCUGAAAAGUACAAACGACCCCGAUUUUUUGAGCGAGUGAAAGUGAUGCGGAAGUUGCGUCAGGCGAAGAAUUGCAUUGAGCAGGCAAAGGAUGAAGCUGAACGUGCAAAGCAUGAAAAGAAAUUCAAGAAGUACCGAGAAAAGAUGAUGUACAUCUACUACUACCCAAAAAGUGAGCCAUAUAUUCCGUUGUUUCUUUCAGCGUCUCAUUCUAAGGAGAACCAAAAGCGCCAGAAAAAGCUCCGAAAGGAGGCCAUUUCUCGUUUUGAGAAGGAGCAACCUAUCGAUGCGUUCCACCAGUUUUGCUUUAACGAUGGCAAGUCCAAGGAAUCGACCACAGCAGAGAAGACUAGGUCAGCUGCUGAGCUUUUGCUCAAGAACCCCACCAAGGAAAUGGUGAAGAAGCAAAAGAAAGCCCACAGCAAGCGGAGUAAGUCUGGGGAAAAGGGUAAGCACACGCCAGUCCUUGUAGAUCAGGAAGAUGACGACGAAAUGCCGGAUGCAGCUAAGGAGAAUUGCGUGGAGGAAGAGGAGCAUGAAGAGCAUGAGAUGGAGAAAGAAGAGGACGAUUUUUUUUUGUAA